AUGGAGCUCACCAUUCCUGAUCCAACUCCGGCUCCAACUCCUGAACCUACCCCUGCACCCACGCCUGAGCCAACGCUAGCUCCUACACCUGGGCCUACCCUUGCACCCACCCCUGAACCAACACCAGCUCCUACCCCUGAGCCAACUCCGGCUCCUACUCCUGAACCUACCCCUGCACCCACUCCUGAUCUAACUCCGGCUCCUACUCCUGAACCUACCCCUGCACCCACACCUGAGCCAACGCCAGCUCCCACCCCUGAACCAACCCCUUCACUCACCCCCGAGCCAACGCCAGCUCCUACCCCUGAGCCCACACCUGAGCCAACGCCAGCUCCCACCCCUGAACCAACCCCUUCACUCACCCCCGAGCCAACGCCAGCUCCUACCCCUGAGCCUACACCUGAGCCAACGCCAGCUCCCACCCCUGAACCAACCCCUUCACCCACCCCCGAGCCAACGCCAGCUCCUACCCCUGAGCCUACACCUGAGCCAAUGCCAGCUCCCACCCCUGAACCAACCCCUGCACCCACCCCCGAGCCAACGCCAGCUCCUACCCCUGAGCCAACUCCUGAACCUACUCCUGAACCUACUCCUGAGCGUACACCUGAGCCAACUCCGGCUCCUACUCCUGAAGCUACCCCCCACUCGACCCCUGAACCAACAUCAUCGGCUAGUACUCCUCAACCAACUCCAGAACUCACACCCACGGUGACUCUUUCGUCGACGCCUCGGCCGACUCGUCCACCAAUGCCAGCUCCCACCACGCCAUUGGUGACAUCGACGAUCGCCAAUGGUGCUUACGUGCUGACUGGAAAUACCGCUACUCGGAUCAUCGCGUUCACAAAGACUGCUGGCUCGUCCAUCCAAAGCACUGGUCAGCAAUGGACUGUCGACCCGACGACGCAAAAAUCUGUGCGCUUGGCUGGUACCAACUUGUGCUUGGAUGGGUACGAAGGGUUCAAUGGCGGCACUGUGCAUUUGUGGCCGUGCGACGCUUCCAACCCUAACCAAAAGUGGGUGUACGACGUCGUCCACCAGCAGUUCCGCCACGGCACGUUUGCUGGGUUUUGUCUGGAUUUCAACGCCAAGUUGGGCGUGACGCACUUGUGGACGUGUUUGGAUGCGACGAGUCCCGACAUGGGCAACCAAGUCUUUCAGGUCAAGUCUGUGGUGCAAUUACGAGCCAAGGGCAAAGUCCUCUCGGGUCUUCUUCGCAAAGUAACGUUCUUGCCGUCCGGAAGCAACGUUAACCAGUACUGGUUUGUCGACCCAGUUCGUCGGUCGGUGCAGUUGCAAGGCACGUCGUUGUGUUUGGAUGGAUUUGAAGCGACCAAUGGUGGCACCGUGCACUUGUGGGAAUGCAGCGACACCAACCCCAACCAAAAGUGGAAGUUGGACGACCGCACCAAGCAGUUGCGCCACGGGACGUUCGAGGGGUUUUGCUUGGAUUUUGCGGACGACGGGGUCCGCCCCCACCUGUGGACGUGCUUGCCUCGCCGCCAUAAGGACAUCAAGAACCAACAGUUUGCUUUGAUUCGACAAGAUGGAGCCAGCCAAGUGACAGAAUUCGACGGCGAGUGAACGACACAACGAGUUCCCCCAGUCUUGCAUUUCUGAAUGCUGUAGUGUAAAUUGCACCGGUUGACCCUAAUAGUAUAUUUGCAUUUGUUACAGA